CUCCGUGCACGGAAAGCAUGUAAGAAAUCCAACAACUUGAUCCAGAUUGGGACCGAUAGAUUUUAUUGCCAAGAUCCUCACUGUGCACACAGACUGGGUCAAGCUUGUGUGAAUCAUUUUUUGGAUGACUGUCGUAAAUACAUCAAGAAGAAAUUUAAAAAUGUGAAUUUCAAGAAGACAGAGAAGAAGAUGAGUGUUGUACCUGAACAAUUACGGAUCCAAUAAAGAAUUCGAAGAAUUUGGCAGAUACACCAACGUUGUCAAUUUCGGCGUGUCAAUAACCCUGAUUUUUGUUGGACCUUCUAGAUCAAAUACAAGCAAUCUCUCAAGGAAAGGCACAUUCUCAAUGACCAUAACAUGGAACAGCUGGAGUGAUCUCUUCCCAAUUGAUGUCUUGUUGCAGGGCCAGCAAGACACAUAACUCCAUCGGAGAUUCGUCAAGGCGAUGUGGAGGCUAAUAAACCCGUGGAUCUGCCGAAGACUUAGGUACUCGAGCGCAGUACAGUUGUGGAGCAGGUGCUCCACAGCCUUCUUCGAUAUGCCAACGUCGAAGAGGUUGAACUGCUUGAGUUGAGGGAUAAGAAGGGCGGGCGUGGCAUUAAUCUGUAGAAAAUAGCAGGAGCUGAAGCUCGCGCGGCGCAGUGUUGGCAUGAGGCGGAGCGCGGACGGCGGCAGAUAGCGACAUCGUCCAGCUUCAAACCUGAGCUCCUCGAGCUGAUCUAGGGCGGGGGAUAAGAACCACCCAUCGAACUUGGCUUGGACCUUGCAGUUGGUACUGAACAUGCGGAUGUCAAGGUGUCUGGCUGGCCUAGAGUGCGAUUAAAGGAUCUUGGAGACUGCGGCCAUGCGUUUGCAAUCCCUAUCGCAGAGGCAGCUAUCGACGGUGAGGUUUAGGGGAACGCGGCGCCAGAGGGGGCGCCACUGCCGGGAGAGCAGGGUGGACCGCACGGCAGAUUUGGUGGGGAGGAGGCCGAUGAUGACGAGGAGCAUGUCGCUCGGAAGUCUGCUGAUGGAGUCCAGGCUCGUUGGAUGCGGGUUGGCUCAAGCCGCCUCUGCUUGUUGGCUGCCUUGCCAUCCAUCUCAGCCGGCGGCGACGCCGGUGUACACAUGUGUUGUGUUUGGGUCAUGAUAAUUUGGUAUCCAUAACCAAGAAAAGUCACCACCCACUUCCUGCCUACAAGGUGUUCGAUGAAAUGUCGAGCUACCAGGAGUUGUUCACCGGCGGCGUUCUCCACAUCACAGUGCACCAUGUGUACUACCAUUCACUGAGGAGACGUUGUAGCAAGUGUUUACAGUGUAUGGUGUGGUGAAGAUAUCCCUGUUCCAGAGAAUCAACCGUGUGUGGGCGGUGGUUCAACUUCGAUCAAGAUGUGGGGCAGAGUGGACUCUCGCUAUGCAUGGCCGGUGCAUCUAUGAGCAUGCAUGCCUCCUCGAAAGUCACGACGUGUCAUCGGAGUACAACCUGUGCUUGUGCUCGCUGCUCGAGCAGAAGCAGACAGAAACCAUGGUCAAGUACAUGCCGGCGUUCUCGGAAUGUGUACCUCGCGUGUUGGAUCUCAACCCCAACCUGAGCAUCAAGAGCUUCGUCCACCAGUACAUCGAGGGUUUGCGGGAAGAUAUCCAAUAUUUUAUGUGGUCACGAUCACCAUCAAGCAUCACCGGUGCUUCAUCGAUCCCUAGCCCGGAUAAGGGAGGAUGAAAUCAUGUAGGAGGCUACGAUGGCUGCAGAGAGACUUGACGACGACCAUGGAGUUCACACCCUCAUGCUCGCGGGCGCCUUCCCUGUUCUCGGUGCCUGAGUGGAGUGCGGUGCAGACCAUGAUGUCAUCGCCAUGGACAACAAUAGCCCUACUAUACCGAUGCCUAUCACAUGUUCGACAGAGUGCCCGAGUGGUAACGCCACCGUCAACAUCUGUCCUGAGACCACAGCCUUCGUUGUGUGCGAAGAGACCCUCGACAUUGAAGCCAUCAGUGUUGUUGCACCAUCACCUGUUGUGAGCUUGAUUGUUGGUCUAGCAUAUGCUUAUGUGGAGGUGCCCCUCGUCAUGGGGAGUGUGGCCCCAUUCUCGACAGCUCCUCCAAAGGCCGCGCUAACCUCAUCAAAGCAACAAGGACAAAUGCUACGUCCAAUACCAUGGCCAUCAUUUAAAUGGCAUUCGAAAUCAACCAAUCCUCAAGAUCCACGUCCGGUAACUGGUAUAUUUGGGAAACCAUCUACAUGUCAACCGCAUGAGGAUCUCAAUUGUUGUGUUGCUAGUUUGGUCUUGCAUCGGACUAGUUCUUCAGAUGGACAUUAUUUACAAGUACUUCCUGCACUAAAAAGUUUCUGGUGUGAGUUCUAUUAUAUUGGAGGGCCCGGUGGUCAUUGGCAGUACCAAUAUGCAUAUCUGCAGCAGUGCCGUUCAUCUCAUCGAUCAAAUUAUCUGAAGCGCAUGAGCGCUAGUGAUGUCACAUUGAUUUUGAAACAGGAAGCACAAGGUUUGUUAAGUGGCAUUCUAGUGGAAUAUGUGAGUAAUAAAACUGGUGGAGUUGGCUAUUUCUUGCAAACUUAUGACCAAAGAUAUGAUUCCAAUGGAAGGCUGUCACCUGCAGUGGCAUUUUCUACUGCCAACAUAGUACUUCUCCCAAGGGAUACAACUUGCUUGCAAAAUUGGCCACCACCUCUGUAUGGUAUAGAAUAUGGUGGUACCUUCAAAUACAACACUAAAAGAAUGAUAUGGUUUCCUAUCCUCGUAAAUCAAGUCCAUUUGAUUUGGAAGUCACCAUGGCUCCCCCCCGAGCAAGGGCAGAAAAAUGGAGUUGUAGAAAUGUUUGGUAUACUUAUUUAAAGAGCGCAGGCUAAUGCAGAGGUUAGAGAAGGUAUCCAUUGCAAAUCUCUAAACGACAAUUUCUAGCAACUGGAAAAGUGAGGCUCGGUUCAACAAGAUCGAGGUUCUAGCAGACCCUGGGUGGAAUCCUGGAGUGAAGGGUUGUCAGUUAUUAUUUGCGGUACAUCCGACUUCAGACUUGACUGAGUUGAAACCAUGGCCCAAUCCAUGGAUGAGUAAAAGCAGUGGAGGCGUAAUGAACAAACUACAACAUGAUGGCUUUUAGAUGCCUAAUCUGGUUCAUGUCUUAGUUUGGAGGAAGGCUGGGGCAAGCAAUAUCUUCAACAAUUACACUGAAAAGCACUUGAUGGUGGUUGUCCUCGAGCUUCAUAGAGUAGCGGCUGGGUGUUAUUCACAUGUCGUAAAUCUGGAACUGGCAAUCCUGAAGUUGUAUGAAAUGGUGAGUGUCAGUCCGAACAUAACCCCAAGAACAUGGGAUCCUCAAACUCUACUUUUUGGUUAUGUGCUUCGCAUACACCUCCCUUUCCUGGGUGUAUGUGUUGGCCGUGAGGGGACCCAUGACAGGACAAGCUUUCUUCUCUUGGUAUUUGAGCUGAUACACCAUAGAGGAUAUGGAAUUUCAUUUCCCUCAAUUGUUGUUUAUCAGUUCCUGAGUGCCCUUUAUGUGGUUCAACACAUGAGUGGGAUGAUGCUUGAUUUUUCAAAAGAUUGGUUGUAUUUACACUUCCUGGAGUCACAUAUCAGAUGGUUGUCACAUCUUACAACAUUUCUACCUUGUGUUGACAUAAAAGUUCAGCCCAGAGAGGUGUAUUCAAUUGUUGGAGUCACAUCACUAUAUGCAAAAGGAAAUGAAGUAUUUACUAGAGGACCUCACCACAUUAUUCACUUUCACUUUCCAUGGAAGAUAUUUGUUGUAGUGCAUAUCCUUACCAGCUUAUCUAACUUCCUUGAGGGCAACACUGAGAAAUUGUUGAUUGCUCCUCUAUAUUAUUCUGAACACCUCCAAUUGGUACCUGCAUGGGAAAUCAUUAAUGGUUUCAAGUGUAUUCAAUGACAUAUUCUUCUGUCGGUGGUCACCAACAUUUUUGAUACUUCGUACAAUCCUUGUGUUGUUCCAAUGAGAGAAUGUGUUCCUAGAUAUUGGGACUAUAGUGUUCUCGUCACAUUUUCUAUUGGUCUGCAUGCCGAUGCAAGUAGACAGAUGUUAGUGCUCAUGGAUAUAUGGUAUGUUCAUUACCUUGGUACUCUGAUCGAGUGGAUCGUGUGCUUGUCUGUUCCCGUGGUGAGAUGCUCUCUUGGUCAUGGAUCGGAUUUUACUAUCUUAGGAACUAUGUCCACGGCGUUGUCAGCUGAAAAGGAACCACAAUUAAACUAUUUUUGCCAAUUCUUGUGUGGGCUAAGGCUGUAGGAUCCGGGCAUUAGGAGUGCAACUAAAACUGGUACAAAGCAGUUUGGUAUUCACAACAACUCCUCUUCACCAUAUGCCGCUGCAGAUUCUAUUGGUCAUGGACUUGAGCUUUCUGCUGCACCAUAGUGGGAUCUUAGAAUUGUGAAUCUUCAUAGUCGGGAAACGAUUAAGACAAGGAUCAAGUUUGGACAUAGAAGUUCAAAGGUUGGUUAUGAUGUUGGAUGUCUAUCAGACAAGAGAGAUACAAAGCUCCGUCGGCCAUGGGACCCAGGUGGUUUUUCUGUUCUUUGGUACCGCCUCACCGGCUGGAGGUCAAGCCGUGUUUUAAGGGGGCGAGAAUGUCAUGCCCCAAGGGCCAUGACCCUCUUCUUAUCCAGGGCCUUCCCAAUGGAAUGGGUUUGGCCCAGCUACGCAAAUAGGCAGAAGGCUUAUAAAGGAGGAGAAGCUAGACAGAGGAGGCAACGAACGAUUGAAACGUCUGAAGCAUCUCAUCCUCAUCCUCUUGCUCUUGUUCCUCACCUUCCUGCUAUCUGUAUCUCACCCCCUUGUUGCUGAUUCUCACCUCAAUCUCUUUUCUUGAUCCAAAAUCGAUACUGAUCUGGUUGCUCAUCCUCUGUAUGUGCUUGGGUCGUGACAGAUACGGGGCUUCACAGCAUCAGGAUUGUUGUUCUCCGGACUGGGAGUGGUGCUUCAUUGCAGCACAACCUAGUCUUUUUUGUUCAUUUUCAGAGCAGCAGCUGUAGGCAGCGGUAAGAAAGUUGUUCUCCAAACUAGGAGUGGUGCUUCAUUGCAGCACAUACUAGUGGGUUUUUUGUUUAUUUUUUCAGAGCAACAAUGUUGUUCUCCAGACUGGGUUGUGCCUUCUAUUUUCAUUUUUCUAGUCAUGGGCUUGAUUCUACACAACUAGGGAGCGGUGUUUCAUUGCAGAACGGACUCUAGUGGUUUUUGUUCAUUUUAUAGGACUCCUUUUGUCAAAAAAUGAGGCUUCCACUUACAUGCAUGGUGCGCUAGAUAAUGUGAUAAUGAUUUAUUAGUAGCUUUGUUUCACCAGCAGGCCUCUUUUGUAUGUUUGCUGCUAGAGGGAAGUCCAGCUCAAGCUGUUGUUGCACAAGAUACACAAAUACAAAUAUUUGAAGUCAUGUUUAAUUGAUUAUUAUCCAGGUUGCUUGGACUGACAAUGAGAUGUGCUAGUCAUUUCAAUGCAGUGCAAAUUUCCUAUUGGCAGUACCACUGACAUGCUAUACUUUCUAUAUUUCCACGUAUGCUCCACAUGUGUUGAUGAGAUACCCAUGAAAGAUGAUUUUGCCAAGUUGCCCAAGACACUGGUGCAGGGGGCUGCAACAUGCUCACCCCUGUUGCCUCUAACAACUAUAGUAGUUCAAGAUCACAGAGGAAUAUCAAAUGUAGCACCAGUUGACUGUCCACUCUGAUCCCGCUAUUGGCACCAGAAGUGGACCAAUCAGAACAGGGAGCAUUGGAUAAAACAAGAAUCCAUGACCACAUGAGCAAUCUUCGGUUCUCUCUAUCACCAACAUCAUUUUUCAGGCCUAUCUGAACUGCAAACUACUUUGCCAAUUGGGCUUUGUUGUUAACUUUGGUAUUGACUCACAAUUACAUAGGUUAAUACUCUUGCAGCAGAAAGACUGUACACCCUUUGCUGAGCCUCAACAAUGGAUUAUGAAGAUUCUACUGAUCCUUGGAUCGGGCGGUGGCGGCGCGCCGAUGUCAUUCCCUUCUUGAGGGCGCCUGUUGGAAAUAUGCCCUAGAGGCAAUAAUAAAUUAGUUAUUAUUAUUAUAUUUCAUUGUUCAUGAUAAUCGUUUAUUAUCCAUGCUAGAAUUGUAUUGAUAGGAAACUCAGAUACAUGUGUGGAUACAUAGACAACACCAUGUUCCUAGUAAGCCUCUAGUUGACUAGCUCGUUGAUCAAUAGAUGGUUACAGUUUCCUGACCA